CGCACUGGACAGGGUGAGCAAGCGAGGGAAAGAGAAUGACAGCAUCAUCAGAUAUCAUCCGUUCAAAAUCAAACUGCGACUAAAUAACAAUAGACAGACCCACUGCCAUCUGAGUUGUGACACCAGCAACAGAGAUCUGGACUUGUUCAGCUGAAAACAGAGGAACAACAAGGCUGAUAUUAGCAGAGAAUGGAAAUCUGCCUUUAAUCUAGGAUCACAGAAUCCACUGAAACCACUUACUUUUUUUUACCAAUAUUAUCAACAUAAUUCAGACUGUCAAGAACAACAGUGAAGAGAACCUCCAUCCACAAACCACCAAUAUAACCUUGAAAACAAUAUAUGUAAAUAUAUAUAUAUAUAUAUAUAUAUAUAUAUAUAUAUAUAUAUAUAUAUAUAUAUAUAUAUAUAUAUAUAUAUAUAUACAUACAGCAAUCUGAUGAUAGAGGACCUGUCUCUUAUUGCAGGCUGCAAGAGCUCAUAGCUGAUAUUCUUUCUGAUAUUAAUGUCUCCUGAAGUGAGAGUAUAGAAGGUAACCAAAGCAUGCUCUAAAAAGUCAAAACUGCAGAGUUACUAAAAACUGAAGACAUUGGUAAAUAUCAAGGGGAGCCAAAAGUUUAUAUGAAAAACAUUCUAGUUAUAGGAAAUUGUUUAUGGAUGCUUCAUUCAGAAUUAUACAUUACAUCCUAAUUAAAGAGUGGAAAGGCAGAAAUAUAUUUUACAUAAAAGUUGAAAAGGGCAAAAAAUACACCAGGCUUAACAAAAUAAAACAACUGCAAUUCAUGGGAUGGACUGAAAUCAAAGCUGCUCGCUUCCAUUUGGAUGGCUGGAUGGUUUCAUUACUUCUGUGAAGGUGCGGGUAGGAACCAGCAUGUUGCUGAUAUUGAAUAAGAAUCUUCAUGAUUCCAGUGUAUAGGUAAUUUAGAAUAAUACAAACCACCUGGAACUGACUGCUGUGCCUGUGCAAAGCCUUCUCACUUUGGAGGAGAAUUAUGGAGGUCUACAAUGAACUUGUGGACCAGAUGACCAACACAACAGCAGAGAACAACACUUAUGGGCACUGGAAGCCUUUCUCCACAGUUUCCUCCAUGGAACUCGGGGUAAUUUCUAAUGGACAGUCCAGAAUCAGAGAUCUAAUUGGGAUUUUUUUCAUGGUGUUGCUCAGCAUCAUUGCACUGCUGGCCAACACAGCUGUGAUUGUGGUCAUUAUCAAAUCGCCGCAGCUGAGGAAGUUUGUUUUCGUAUUCCAUCUGUGUGUGGUGGACCUUCUCUCUGCCAUCUUCUUGAUGCCUCUGGCGAUUGUUUCCAGCUCCCAUUUUUUUGGCACAGUGAUGUUUAGCCUGUUGGAAUGUCAGGUUUUCAUAUUCCUAAAUGUUUGCUUGAUUUGUGCAUCUAUUCUCACCGUCACGGCCAUCAGCAUUGAACGAUAUUACUACAUAGUCUAUCCCAUGAGGUACGAGGUUAAAAUGACAGCUGGCCUAGCCGUAGCCGUCGUGGUUUUUAUAUGGAUCAAGUCAAUUUUACUGGCCUCCAUUCCGCUGUUGACCUGGCCUACUUAUGGAAUUCAAGGCCCAACCAAUGCUACCAAUUGCUCUUUAUACUGGAGCCCCAUUGACUACAAAAUGGUCUUUGUCAUCAUUUUCAGCAUCCUUUGUUUUUUCCUACCAACUAUUAUCAUCUUCAUUGUCUACUGCAGUGUUUAUAAGGUGGCAAGGAUUGCAGCCUUGCAGCAAGGGCCUGUCCCUUCAUGGGUUAACAGUUCAAAGAGCCGCUCAGACUCAAUUAACAGCCAAACAACCAUCAUCACCACAAGGAAUCUUCCUCAAAGACUGUCUGCUGAGAACAUCUUUGGGGGAAGCAAAGCUGCUUUUACUUUGAUCAUUAUCGUAGGCCAAUUUCUGCUCUGCUGGUUGCCUUUCUUUUCCUUUCAUCUCCAUUUGUCAGUCAAUGAGGCUGUCAGAAGCCCUGGAGAUGUAGAGACCAUAGUUACCUGGCUUGCCUAUUCCUCAUUUGCUAUUAACCCUUUCUUCUAUGGACUACUGAACCGUCAGAUAAGAGAGGAACUAAGUAAGCUCAAAAGGUGCUACAUGACCAGGACUACAGAGUUGGGCCUUUCAAGCCAAGAAGGUUCCAUCCAGGAGAACUUCCUGCAGUUCUUACAAAGGACCAGCUGCACAGUGGAAACCAGGUCAAGCCGCAUCAAUUCCAGCCCCAGGAACACUCUGGACCAAACUGGUUUCAGAAUCCCAGGUCAAAUCCCAGAAUAAUUUAUAAGAAAUGUAAAGUAUGCACACAUACUAGAAGACCAUUCUUGCAAUAACUGUGGCUGUUGAUCCUGGACUUAGAGGUCAGUUACAGGUUCAAAUGAGGUAUUUUUAUUUCUUUCAAAAAAGAAUAACAAUAUUACUGUUGUGUGAGAUGUUCAAAUGACCUAAGACAGCAGCCAGUGUGAGCACUGUGUACAAAACAGAAGAAUGCCUUUGUUCAUUUUUGUUUACACAAGGAGAACAGUGGAUAGUGAACAAAGAAUUCCUUUCUUAAAUUGGUUUACUGCUUUUUCACAACUAAGUAUCUGUAAGAAUUGUGUGGGUUACUUUAAUUUUUAAUUAUAAUUAUUAUUCAUUUUCCUCAUUACAAAACAGUAGUUGGGAGUCAUGGUCAUGAGAUAUACACAUAUAUGAAGAGAAUAACAUCAGUAAAAUUAAUAUAUAUAUAUAUAUAUAUAUAUAUAUAUAUAUAUAUAUAUAUAUAUAUAUAUAUAUACAUAAAUCUACUAUAACCCCUUUCACACUGGCACACCUAUCUGGGUCGGACCUGGGUUCUGGCUGCCUGGGUCACAAUCCCGCGUAGUGUGAAACCACGUACCUGGGUCAUACCCAGGUCCCAGCGACCCAACUCAGGAUGUGGGUCGACAUGCUUUGACCCGGGUUGAGCGAGACAAAAUGCAUGACAGCCGUUCUUAAGCUGACGAAAUAAAAAAAUAGCCACGUCUGCGUGAAGGUUUCACUUCUGCAAGAAAUGUUUUUGUUUAUUCUGUUUAGCCAUAUUUUUGUUGCUUGAGACAUGUCAUGAGCCAGAUUGCAGCAGGGAUGAAGAAACAUUUGCUCUAAUCAACAUUUGGGCCGACGGUUCAAUCCAGAGAAGCUUGGAUUGAAGCGUCUGUAACAAGCUGCUUCCAGGGCAUUGAUACGCACAUUGUGUACUUGCGUCUGUCAUCGUGUAGCUAAACCGCAUGACACCGGGUCCUGCCGAGGUAUGUUCUGACCCGGGUAGAGCAUGCCAGUGUGAAAGGGGCUAUAGAAGUAGAAUGCAGGUGGUCUCAAAUAAAGCUCCACCUUUAAAUCAGUGUGCAUACAUCUUAAACUAGAUACCUUUUUUAGGAUAGCCAGUCAUCAUCAUCAUCAUCAUCAUCAUAAUAAUAAUAAUAUACUGUAUUUUUACUUUCAAAAUACUUUUAAGUUUUAUGUACAGUUGUUUAUUCUUGAGAAAACCUAGAAUGAUCAGAAGCCCCAGCCUAAUGCAAUCUCACACUGUGGCUAUUCACAGAGUAAGAGUAUGGAUUUUUUAUGAAGAUAUAAACAGGCCACACACACCACUCAUAUAUAAUAUAAAUGCACAGUUAGAUAUAUUAGUCAAUACCCGAUGUUUGUGUACAUGUAAUUUAAUGAAAAAUGAUAGUUUUGAUAGUAGUUGCUUGAUGUUCCUUUCAUAGUCAUAUUAUCUGUCAUAUCCCUGUCUUUGUUCAAAAUGGCAUUCUGGGAUAAAAGUGAUAUUUAUUCAAAUAGAAUAAUUUAAGGGAAUUGUAUUGUUAACUCCUACCAUAUUAUAGUUUGUUGGAAUGCUAUUUAUAAAUGUAUUGUGUUUUUUUUUUUAAAUAAAUAAAUACAUAUAAUAUGA